CUACGCUGAGCAAUCCCGCUGGUGGGUGGUGGCUUUUGCUUGUGUGAGGUUUGGGUAGAUUUCCGUAGCUACCUUUGAAAAACUAGCUGUUAACUAGGUUUGAACUAGUGACAUACAGUUUAGAAAAAAAGGAUAAUCACUUAUUUGGUGCAGCGACAAGCGGCUCUUGCUGAGGAGCUUUUGGUAAAUUAGUCACAGAAUGGAAAGACAGUUGCAUUUGAAUUUGUUAUCUUCCAGACCCCCGAUGGCAGGGGGUUUACAGUCGGGCUCAAAAAUGAAAAUGGGACCUGGAAGAAAGCGUGACUUCUCUCCCUUGCUCUGGAGUCAGUAUUUUGAAACCAUGGAAGAUGUGGAAGUGGACAAUGACAACAGCAAAGACACAUUCAGAGUCUACAGCAGUGGUUCUCAGGGUCCAGUGCUGCUUCUGCUUCAUGGAGGAGGCCACUCUGCUCUCUCCUGGGCUGUCUUCACUGGUGUUAUAUGUAGCAGGAUUAAGUGCAGGGUUGUAGCUAUGGAUCUCAGGGCACAUGGAGACACAAAAGUGAAAAACCCAGAAGACCUUUCAGCUGAAACAAUGGCCAAGGACAUUGGAAAAGUUGUGGAAGCUCUCUAUGGUGAAAACCCACCCCCAAUAAUGAUGAUCGGCCACAGCAUGGGUGGAGCAAUAGCGGUCCACACUGCCGCAGCCAAUCACGUGCCAUCAUUAAUGGGCCUGUGUGUUAUUGAUGUAGUGGAAGGUACAGCGAUGGAUGCCUUAAACAGUAUGCAGAAUUUUUUAAGGAGUCGACCAAAAACUUUCAAGUCAGUGGAGAAUGCGAUUGAAUGGAGUGUGAAGAGCGGACAGAUCAGGAAUAUCGAGUCUGCACGUGUGUCUAUGGUUGGACAAGUAAAAAAAUGUGAUGAGCCUGUGAGCAGCCCUGGCAUUUCCAAAAGCAUCAGUGAAGGGAUCAUUGAGGAAGAGGAGGAAGAAGAGGAAGAUGGCGAGUCCAACUAUAAAAGGAAGAAAGAUGAUGAUCAGGAGGUAAAGAAGGAGAGUCUGUACACCUGGCGCAUUGAGCUGUCUAAGACUGAAAAGUAUUGGGAUGGCUGGUUCAGAGGCCUGUCUUCUCUCUUCCUCACAUGCCCUGUGCCAAAGCUACUGUUGCUGGCUGGCAUUGACCGACUGGAUAAAGACCUUACCAUCGGACAGAUGCAGGGAAAGUUCCAGAUGCAGGUUCUUCCACAGUGUGGCCAUGCUGUACAUGAGGAUGCACCUGAUAAAGUAGCUGAUGCUUUAGCCACCUUCAUGGUGCGGCAUAAGUUCACCGAAUUUAAGGAGGACUACCCCUGACGACGUACAGUCUCCUGCUAGACUUCAUCCAUCAGCUUGGUGCAAUGAAAGUUAUGAAACCCACACUUCUAUUUGUCGCUCUUCAUCGGAAAUUACAGUACAACCACCAACAUGCCAACAUCCCUGUUGCAAAUCCUUCUUAGCACUUCAUUCUUAAAAAUAUUCUGUUAAUUUUUAUGUAAUUAGCUAUAAUUCUUAUUGUUAUGGUCAUGACUGUAGAAGAUGCAGAUCUUACACCAAGAUUGUAAAAUCACUGAAACAGGCAGUGUUUAUUUAUUUAUUUUCUUUUCUUCUAUAAGUAUUUUCUUCAUUUGCAUUUCAUCCUAGGCCUUGCUUGUUUGUUGUUAAAGUUAGAAUAAUUGCAACAUGUGUUCUAUAUGUUCUUCAUAGUCAAUUUUCAAGAUGGAAAAUAAAAAAGGAUGUUUGAAAAGUC